AUGUUUAGCGGUCAAGUGCAUACGAAUGAAGACCGUGAGUUUGCUGAUCUUGGAGCCGUUGGAGAAGCAUUUCAAGUUGGUCAAACCGCGAAUAUAGGAGAAGAAAGUUUCGUGGGACGCCGAGCGGGAAAUAUAAGCAAUUGGAAUGACGAUGCUCGAAGAGAAAGAGCUCAAGAUUUGAAGCGUUCGCGUGCAGGACAUUUGUCACGGUUGACAAGGUUAUAUAGAGAGAUUAAUAACCUAACCAGUACUAAAGACAGUCUGUUACAGCCAGUUAUAGAGAAGAGGAUCGAUCUAGACGUUGCCUUUGAAAGGUUCAAACAAGUAUAUUAUUUGUAUGUUGCGUAUUUGACAGAUAACAAAGUUAUAGAAGAUGAGCAAUGGAUUUAUGAAUCACGAGUUCGAGAGCACAAUGGCAUUUUUCAAAAUACUGAUCAAUGGAUACAAAGAACUAAAUUGAAUCUUGAGUCGGAGAUAAGAGCAGAGGAUUCUAUCAGUCAAAUAAGUUCACACAAUCCAAAGCCUGAUGCAAAACUUGUGGAUUCACAAAGUCACGCGGGUCCAGAAAGCCACGCAAGUUCUCAAAUCGACAUGGGUCUUGGAAGUCACACAAAUACACAAAGUCACGCGAGUCCACAAAUCGACAUGAGUCCACGAAGCCACGUGAGUCCACAAAGCCAUGCGAGUAUACGAAGCCACAUGGGUUCUGGAAGUCGCACAAGUUUCGAAAACACGCGAGUUUGGUAAUGAGGUUAAACGAAGUGACGGAAAAAAGAGAACUUGCUCGUCUAAAGCUCCAACAGCUUCAGAAGUUACAAGAGUUGGAGUUAAAGAAGCUUAGAGUAAAAGGCGAGGAAGAUACCCUCAAGCUUCAAAAUGAGUACGAACAAGCUAUCCUCAGUGAACGGAUAUGGGGUCAAGCAGAAGAAGUGAUAAGUCGAGAGGAGAAACAAGAACUGCCUAAAUUGGUUUCUCGAAAGGAUGAAUCACCUAAGAGCGGACAACCCCUUCCUUUCAUUCCAGGAACUUAUUUGGAACGAAAGCACGAUAUUGGCAUAUCGGAAGAUGUGAAAGGUCAGAACGAUAAGUCAGAGUUUCAAGUUAAUAGUGACAGUCUUUCUAGUAAACCCUCGUCGUUCUGUCCAUCUCGAAGCAGCGCCAACGUGGGUGGCCAAGAAAUUCUCAAAAGCGUAGUCGGUAUAUUGAAUGAAGGUUUUAACAUGCCGAAGCCAGAGUUACUCACGUUCGAUGGCAACCCUUUGCAUUACUGGAGAUUCAUAAACAAUUUCCAGACGAACAUCGCCAAUGAAACUAUGAAUCCUGGAAAACAUCUGGCAUACUUAAUCCAGCGCGGCAAAGGAGAAGCUAGGGAAGCGAUUGAAAACUGUAGUAUUCUCGAUCCAGGAAGAGGAUAUUUGAAGGCUCGAGAAAUUUUGCAACAACAAUUUGGAAGACGUCACGUUGUUGCACAGUCACAUAUCAAGCAGAUAGUCGAUGGGGUGCAAAUCAAGUCAUUGGAUGGUGCCAGCCUGCAAAAAUUGGCUCGUCAAAUGCAAAAUUGUGAGUUGACACUAUCAAAGAUGGGAUGGUCAGAUGAACUGAAUAACAGCGAAACUCUACUACGAAUUGUGGAUCGUUUGCCCAGUUUUAUGCAACUUAAGUGGGCGGAGAAAGCGGAGUCCAUCUUAAAGUCGGAACGACGACCUCGAUUUUCCGACCUUGCCCAAUUUAUACAAGAUAAAGCCGAUGUUGCUGCAAAUAUGUUUGGGAAACAUGUGUUAGAAGCUAGAAAGAAAGCUACUAGAGAUUUACCUAAAGGUAGAAUAAAGGAGACAGCACGAGCAACUACCUUGGCCACAGCAAAUAAAGAAGUUCCGAGAGAAAGCGGAAAGACAGCUACAUCACGGUGUUUAUUGUGCUCACACGAUCACGAACUCAGUAGAUGUGAUGAAUUCAAGAAGAAAUCGUACGAAGAGAGAGUUCAAAUCAUUAGAUCCAAAAGAAUCUGCAACAAUUGUUUCAAAUCUGGACACUUUGCAAGAAGUUGCUUGGAGAAAAAGUUGUGCGAAUUACUGGAGUGUCGAAGAAAACACCACACCCUGUUGCAUCCACCAAAUCCUGGUCCUGAAACAUCUAGCCAGAAGAAUCAAAUGGUGCAAGUUGAUGUUGGAUCGUCAGCUGGUGUAUGCAGUAUGACCUGCUCUAAACGUCGCGACGUGUGCCUGAGAAUUGUUCCGGUUAAAGUUGGUAAUCCUGAUGGUCGGAAAGUGGAAACUUAUGCCUUGCUUGAUAGCGGCUCAGAAGUUUCUUUAUGCGAUAGACGGUUGAUCAAUAAAUUAGGUCUGGACGGAGUUGAAAAGCAAUUUACGUUAACAACCUUAAAUGAAGAAAAACAGUAUCGAAAUGGUUUGGAAGUGAAUCUAGAAGUUUCGAAUUUAAACAACGAACAUUCGAUUUCGCUAGAAGGAGUAUGGUCCGUGGAAGCAUUGCCUGUUUCGUCAAAAGCCAUACCAGUUGAAGAAGACUUGAAGAAAUGGACUCACCUCAGUGACCUAGAGUUCCCGAGAAUAGAAACUGAAGACGUCAUGUUGUUGAUAGGAGCAGACACACCUGAAGCCUUCUGGGUGAUGGAGGAAAGACGUGGAGAACGGGGCGAGCCGUGUGCUAUCAAGUCGCCAUUGGGUUGGGCACUAUUCGGUCCCACUGCAAAAUUUAAAGAUAGCGAAAGUGGAAUGGUGAAUCUGAUUAAGCGUGACGAUGGUCAACUGCAGCAUCAGCUUGAGAUGUUCUGGAAAACCGAUUUUGGUGACUCACUCGCGGACAACAGGAAAUCGAUGUCUAUCGAGGAUUGUCGGGCGCUGAAGAUCAUGAAUGAGACUGCAACGAAAGUCCAAAGUCAUUACCAGGUUGCUCUACCGUGGCGCAGCAACUCUCCAAACUUGCAAAAUAACCGCCAGAUGGCCGAAUCACGUCUUCACAUGUUGAAGAAGCGAUUGCAGAAAGAUGACGAGGUUUGCAGAAAAUAUGUGGAAGUCAUAGACAGUUACCUGAAAAAGGGUUAUGCCAGAAAGGUUCCUGAAAAUGAGCUCCACAAGAAUGAUGAAUCAGUAUGGUAUCUCCCACAUCAUGCCGUGGUCCAACCGCAGAAGGCCGGUAAAGUGCGGUCGUUUUUGAUUGUGCCGCUAAAUUUAAAGGAACUUCCCUGAACGAUAAACUCCUUCGGGGCCCCGAUUUCAAUAACAACUUGGUUGGUGUGCUUAUUCGAUUCAGAGAACAGCCUAUUGCGAUUGUAUCUGAUAUUAGAGAGAUGUUCCAUCAAGUUCGAGUGUAUCCUGAUCAUCGAGACGCACUACAUUUCUUGUGGUGGCCCAACGACUUGACCAAGGAUGCCGAGGAUCAUCAAAUGCAAGUACACAUUUUUGGAGCAGUGUGAUCCCCAAGCUGUACUAGUUUUUGCCUCAAGAAGACAGCGGACGACAACUGUGAGAAUUUUGACGUAGAAACUAUCAAAACCGUGGAAAGAAACUACUAUGUUGAUGAUUGUCUAAAGUCAACACAAACAGUCGCCAAAGCACAGCGCCUCGUUCGUCAACUGAUCGAUUUACUCGCACUCGGAGGGUUUCAUCUCACUAAAUGGAUAUCCAAUAGUGAAGCAGUGAUGGAAACGAUGAUGAAAAGGCUCCCUCUGUCGUAAACUUGGACUCCAGCCAACCAAUGAUCGAACGUGCACUCGGUGUGCAAUGGAACAUGCGGGCCAACGAGUUUAGUAUCAAAGUUCCGUCAACAAGGCGUGGUAUCGUAAGCUCCGUGUACGACCCGUUGGGUUUUGUGGCUCCUUUCGUUUUAACUGCAAAGAGAAUUCUACAAGAUCUUUGCAAGGAAGGGCGCGGUUGAGACGAAGAGCUUGAUGAGAAUGAAUUACGAAGUUGGGAGGAUUGGUACUCGGACAUUGAAAUAUUAACCAAGAUAUCUGUUGCUAGAUGCAUCAAACCAGCAAUCUUGGGUGAGGCGAAGUACCUUGAGUUACAUCACUUUUCGGACGCUUUGCAGCACGCUUACAGAGUUGUGUCCUACCUUCGACUUGAGAACACUUUGGGUCAAAUUCACUGUUCGUUUUUGUUCGCCAAGUCACGCCUAGCACCCUUGAAAACUGUCUCCAUUCCUCGACUGGAACUGUCGGCAGCAGCCUUGGCGGUGAAGUUAAAUCGGAUGAUUCAAGAUGAGUUAGAUUUGGAAAUUGAAAGAACGGUUUUCUGGUCAGAUUCAACUGCAGUUCUACGAUACAUCGGGAACACCACCAGAAGAUUUCACACCUUCGUUGCGAAUCGUUUAGCUAUUAUCCAUGACGGUUCGACUCCUGAUCAGUGGAAGUACGUUGAGACGAAUUCAAAUCCCACAGAUCAUGCGACUCGAGGUCUGAAUGCAAAAGAAACGAUCAAAGCCGAUCUUUGGUUCAAGGGUCCCAUGUUUUUAUGGCAACUUGAGGAGAACUGGCCUUUGACAUUUAGAACAGUUCCGGAGAUUGCGGAUGACGAUCCAGAAAUUAAACCUGAAGUUCAAUGCCAUUCAAUCAUAAAACAAGAAGAAUUCCUGAACAAAAUCAUUCAUUGCUGUUCAUCUCUGCAACGACUGAAGAAGAGUAUAGCAUGGUUAACACGCUACAAGGAGUGCAUUGUACGUACCUAUAGAGCUCGAAGUGGUCGAAAUAAAGAACUGAAACCCUUGGAAACGUCAAAUUUAUCGGUCGAAGAACUGAUGCAAGCUGAAGAGGAACUUGUGAAGUUUGUACAGGGGUAUGCGUUUGAAAAGGAACUCGCGAUCUUGAAUUCUGAAGCGUACCGUAUGUCAACCAGCCAACGCAAAUUGAAAUCGAUUGGUCCCCUUUACAAACUAAAUCCUAUUUUGGAAAACGGGAUUCUUCGAGUAGGUGGUCGCCUAAGAAAUGCACCGAUCGACGUAAACGCCAAACAUCCUUCGAUUCUACCGAACAAGCACCAUCUAACGGACCUAAAUGUGCAGCAUUAUCAUCGUAA